AUGGACGUCAACAGGAGACUGGGGAUGAGGGACACUGUGCUGGCGCUCUUACUCGCUGUCCUGCAGGGACUUCCUCUCGGGGAAACGGCCCCGAACCCAUCCCCGCUGGUCGGAUCCAACUGGGGGAACCCGAGGAGAUACGUCCACCUGCAAACUUCCACGGACCUCAACAACUUCUACUUGGAGAUCAGGUUAGACGGCACCGUGUGCAAAACUACCACCAGGACUUCGUACAGUGUGAUUUUACUGAAGGCUGAAACGAGGGAGCGCGUGGCCAUCCUCGGCGUAAAAAGCAGCCGUUUCCUGUGCAUGGAUGUGGAAGGCAGACCGUUCAGCUCCCCCACCUGUCUCAGAGACGACUGUCUCUUCAACCACAAGCUCCUGGAGAACAACAGGGACGUGUACUACUCCUGCCGGACCGGCAUCCUGUUUAACCUGGAGGGCUCCCGGCAGGUGUACUCGGUGGGUCAGAACCUGCCGCAGACCUCGCUCUUCCUGCCCAAGAAGAACACGGUGCCAUUAGAGCGCCUCCUGCUGCUCAGGGGGAAGCGGAACGAGGUCGUGGAUCCAUCCGACCCGCACAACUUCUACCAGGGUGGGACCGAGGCGGGCUCGGACUCCCGGGCCGUGCCGGAGGAUGACACGGACCUGGAGGUGGAGACGGAGGUGGAGACGGAGGCCGGGGACGACGGGCGUAACGUGUCCCGGGAGACGCCGAUGGCUCCGUCCUCCCACGACCCGUGGAACGCGCACUGGUCCAACCCGGCCAGUCCACGGAGCUCCGGGACCAUGGGGUGAUUUCACAGGUGAAGGUGUGGACGCGCUCCAUUUCACUAUAGGUA